AGGCAGCAGCUCAGAAGUCAGCAUGAACUGCAGCUUGCGGAACAGAGACCUACUUAUCUGUGAUGAACUGAACGACAGGCAAAGUAUGCUGGCAUUACAGCCUCUCUGGGACUUUGUCAAAACACAGGAGCCCUUGAUCAAGUCGCCGUUCUUUCCAGUGCUGUUCAACUUUACAAUAUACACAGCAUUCUGCCUGCCCUUUAUCGCUCUGGACUUCUUAAGCCCUCGAGUUCCAGCCUUGAGAAAAUACAAAAUCCAGCCUCAGAGUUCUCCCACCCUGGGUAUGAUGAUGCUUUGCAUGGCUCAAAACAUCUACCAUCACAUCAUCUGUAUUUUCCCAGUGACUGUUGCUCAUUGGUGGUGGAGACCGGUGAACUUGCCACUGACAGCUCCCAGGUUGUCAACCCUCUUGCUGGAUAUAACUGUCUGCCUGCUGCUCUUUGACUUUCUAUACUUCCUGUGGCAUUUGCUCCAUCACAGGGUGCCGUGGCUCUACAAGACCUUUCACAAGGUCCACCACAAGCACACCUCUACUUUUGCUCUCACCACCCAGUACGCAAGCAUGUGGGAAUUGUUGUGGCUGGGUUUUUUUGCGGCAGUCUGCCCAAUGCUGAUGAAUUGCCAUCCUUUGACAGAGAUGACAUUCUUCGUUGCCAACAUCUGGUUUGCAGUGGAGGAUCAUUCUGGCUAUGACCUGCCGUGGUCAACUCACAGACUGGUGCCACUUGGCCUAUAUGGAGGAGCUCCACACCAUGAUCUCCACCACUUGAAGUUCAGGUUCAACUAUGCACCGUAUUUCACCCACUGUGACUGGCUGUUUGGAACACUUAGCCAUGCUAUCAGGGAAAAAGAUGGGCCUGAGAAGCUAGCCAAAAACUAAGUCAUCCCCCACAGAUUUGGAAAUUCAGGAGUGAAAAUAAACUGAGGAAAAAAAGUGCUGCACAUAUUUAUAUUAAUGUAUUUAUGGAAUAGUUUUUUGUUAAAUAUGCAUAACCUUAUGGUUGUUUGGAAUAAGCAAUUGUAAUGGCACAAGUCAUCAGAAAGAGGCUACAAGUAAGGCCACUUUCUUUUGGCUACCCAAGCUUUUAUAAAGCUAUUGUGUAUGCUCAGUAUGUAUGUAAGAGAGUUUUUGCUUGCUGAAAUGAGAUGAUGUGUAGUGAGAUAGUGCUUAUUAUGAUUCCUAUGGAAUUUCUAUUGUUUUCAUAUUGGGAAAACAACAAUACAGAAAACAGAAAGAAGCACCUGACCUGAUAACACAGACCUAACAGAAACUUGGUUUGCUAUAUUUUGUUCAGUCAAAUUUGAAUUAUUUAUGGUCUAUUAUUUUAUACUGAAAAAAUAAACAAG